UCCUAGUGCGCCUGCGUCAGAACCCCACGGAGUGCACAAUUCAAUCUGUGGAGUCAGCAGUGCUUGUAUCAAUUUGUCAGAUUCAAUCAAAGCAAGAAGCCUCUUGAUUGUUUAAAGAAAGAGAGCUUGAAUCCUUCAGGUUUUUUUUUUAAGAAGCCCAGACUUUGGGUGUCGUCCAGCUCCAGUAAAACCGUCUCUGUUACUUAAGAAGUGUGCAGCUCGGCAGUACAAAAGGUGCCCUCAAGUCUCUCGGUUGGCGUCGCGGAGAAUGACGAGCAGUGCAAGAAGGAAAGAAGAAGUUCAUCUCGCCAAUGGGGGGAUAAAGCAGUCUGCAUGGAGUAAAGCUUUCAAGAGCAACGCCGUGUGGGAGGAAAAGGAUGAAUUUUUAGAUGUGAUUUACUGGUUUCGGCAGAUCAUUGCAGUGAUUUUAGGGGUCAUUUGGGGAAUUGCACCUCUAAAAGGAUUUUUGGGUAUCGCAAUGUGAGUCACAACUUUGCAACCUGGUCUGUACCUAGUUUCUCAUUCACACCUUUCUGUUCUUUCCUUACCUGUAUCAGCUCUGCAUAUAGUGCAUUUGUCUCCCUUUUAAAAAUGCAAACUGUUUUACAAACCAGUCCUGAAAAAGUCAAGCAACAACAACAAUGUAAAGUUAAACACGUGGCUUCGAAGGA